CUCAGUAUAUUUACACUACUGUUUCAUGCUUAUCCCAUGGCUGUCGUCUUAGAAACAAAAGCACAAUGUUUUGUAUGCCGAAAACCAGCUGGACACCGAUGUGGAAAAUGCAAUCGAGUAUAUUAUUGUGGCAGAGAACAUCAGCUCAAUGAUUGGAUGAAGCACAAAAAUACAUGUCAUCGACUUUUAUAUGAAGUGCGUGAGUCAAAAACACUUGGUAGACACUGGGUAGCCCGGGAAGAUAUAAUAGCUUGUGAGACUUUAUUGAUUGAAACACCAUUAGCGUAUGGACCGAAAGCCGCUUCACCACCUGUAUGUCUGGCAUGCCACGUAAAACUUCGAACAGCUAUUUACAAGUGUCCUAGUUGUGGUUGGCCGACUUGUGAUAAUUAUCCAUUAUGUGGACAACAUCAUUCUGAGGCUGAGUGUCGUCUAAUCACGGGUCACAGCCCGUUUAGCGUUGACCAAAACUUUGAAAAUUGUUUUUCUUUUUCUGCAUAUUGUUUCGUAUUACCUCUCAGGUGCUUACUACUUAAAGGUAAUAAUAAUGAAAAAUUUCGCCGUCUUCAGUCGCACUUAGAAGCGCGUUCGAAUACGCCACUAUAUAAUAUUUAUCGGAUAAACCUUGUAGAAUUUAUGUUGGACCGACUAGGCAUGAGAACUUCUGGACUUGUCGAUAAAGACAUAUUGGAAACAGCAGCUAUUUUAGAUACUAAUGCAUUUGAAGUGCGAUACAGUGGAGGAGCAAAAAUGAGAGCAGUUUACGCAGAAGCUUCGAUGUUGGCUCAUAAUUGCAAACCCAACACUAAACACGUCUUUACUGGAAACAAUGGUGAAAUUCGACUGUUAAGUACUGUUAACAUUAAAAAAGGUGAAACAAUAACAGCGACAUAUACUCAAUCCUUGUGGCCCACAUUUAAUCGUCGUAAUCAUUUGAAGGCAGCUAAAUGUUUUAUUUGUGAGUGUGAACGAUGCUUAGAUUUGACAGAGUUUGGAACACAUUUGUCAUCCGUGGUAUGUUCAGGAUGUGGUGAUUACGUAACACCGUAUCAGCUGAAAUGUAAUGAGUUGUGUAGAAUAGAACAUAAUUGGAAUAUUUAUAAUCUAAAAAUAUCAGAAAUAGAACGUCGUAUACAAAGUUUAGGCAAAAACAUUGAUCUAGCUACUUUAGAGUAUUUUUUAGAUCAAAAAAUAACUCCUCUAUUUCACAGCAACCACUUCAUCAUCGUCAAAAUUAAAUAUACACUAGUUCAAAUGUAUAGCAUUAAAAUACUAGAUUUAACAAUUUGUCAAUUGGAAAACAAUUUUAAAAUAUGUAUAGAAUUAUUAAAAUUAGCCGAUGUGUUGGAUCCAGGAUUUACUAGAUUUCGAGGACUUCUAUUUUUUUAUAUUCAACAAGGACUGAAGCGAUUAUUUCAACUCAAACCUAAACAAAAUUUAAGCAAUGAAAUUGAAUCAUUUCUGCAAGAGGCUAAAGGUAUUUUAAAGACAGAACCAGACCUUGCACAUUUAGUCAUACUAUAGUAAUUACAGAACAAAAACGAUAGUAUGUAGAUAAAAAAUGCAAUUAAAUAUGAUGUUGUGAUAGUAAUACUGACACGAAGAAUAUCAAUAAAUUCUUAGUGUAUAGUAUUUAAAUUUGAUAGUUUGGUAUUUAUUAGUCGGGUCGUUCAAUUUUUAGCGUUUGUCUUGUUGAUUCAUUAUUUUUAUGUAAAACAAGUGUUAUAUGCCAAAUAACGUUUUCAAUUUAUAAUUUUAUUUUUAUUAACGAUACUUAAUAUGCCGAAUAUUUUUAAGCGAUAACAUUUUAUAGUACUAAUGAUAUUUUAUCAAUGCCAUUUUCGUUACUUUACAUUAGAUAGAAUCGUUUUAUGACAG